AUGAGGGCACUCAUAGCUAUAGGAGUGUUAUGUUUGGUUGCUUUAUGUGCCGGUGACGAGUCCAAGGAUCAGUCCGUGGCGGCCAGUGGUCACCACCAUGAGCAUGGUGGUGGUCAUGAUCACCAUGCGCAUCACCAUCACGACCAUGGUGGUAAGGGCGGUAAAGGUCACAAAGGACAUCACCAUCACCACAAGGGCGAUCACGGACACCAUGGCAAGCAUCAUCAUGAAGAACAUCACCACGAACACGGAGGCGGGCACAAGAAACAUUGGGAUGAACAUGACGACCAUGGUGAACACCACGAGCAUGGACAUCACCACAAAGGUGGCAAGCACGGCCAUCACGAACACCACGACAAAGGUGAACACACUGACGGCUACCACAAGAAGUACCACAAGGAUCAUUUCCACAAGGAUCAUCACUUCCAUGACGGCCACCACGAUGAAGGCAAGCACCACAAGCACGGACAUCACCACAAACAUCACGAAGACCACGGCGGCCACCACAAGAAGGGCGGUCAUCAUCACUCCGGCCACCAUGACGAUCAUUACGGCAAAGGCGGACAUCACGACAAGCACCAUUACGAUGAAGGACACCAUGAGCACAAGGGUCACCAUGGACAUGAAGGGCAUCAUCAUCAUCAUGGCGGUCAUGGCAAGAAGGGAGGUCAUGAUGACCAUAAAGACUGGGGAUUCCACCAUGGCAAACACUAA